ACCAACUAGGGUUGUUGUGAGAAUCAAAUGGGAUAAUUGUAAUGGCUCAGCACAGUGCCUAACACAUAGUUGGCGAUUAACAAAUGCUUGUCUAUUGUCUGAGUGACUUUCUGAAACUUAUCCUAGGACCUCAAGUUAAGGACCCCCUGAAACGGAGACUUCGAGACCGGGUGGGUCCCCAGAAAAGAUGGGAAGCGAUUGGCAGCAUAGGGCCGAGGGACAAACUAGAAGCUGGGGCUCAGGGAAGAAAGGAGGUGGGUAGAGGCUCCCACCCCUAACAGGAAAGCUGCCUCCCUCCUCUCUUCCUUCCCUCACCUUUCUUUGCAUGCCUUGGGGACCCACCCUUGAAUGCCUUGAGAUAUGUAUGAUAGCUCCACCUCUUACAUUGCCGGUCCCUUUUCUGGGUCUGAGGAUCAAGCUCCUGCUAUCAGAAAGGUCUUAAGAGAUCACCCAACCCCCUAAUUUCAGAGAUGGAAAAUGAGACCUCAAAAGGGAAUAUCUUGUCCAUCUUAAACUUCUUGGCCUCCCUUUCUUUUUUCUUUGUGAGGCAAUUGGGGUUAAGUGACUUGGCCAGGGUCACACAGCUAGUAAGUGUCAAGUGUCUGAAGCCGGAUUUGAACUCAGGUCCUCGUGACUUCAGGGCCAGUGCUCUAGCCACUGUGCCACCUAGCUGCCCCUUGGCCUCCCUUUCAAUGGGAUCAUUCAUGACCCCAUAAACCACAAAUAUAAAGUGCUAAGCAAAGGUUUCCCAACCCUUACUUUUGUUGUACUUUUUCCUCUUUUUGGCCAAAUCCUAAAUGUAUCACUUUCUAUGUGACCUUGAGAAAGUCACUUAGUUUUUGCCUAUUCCUCCUAGAUAUGUAUUUCUAAACCUCAGUUUCCUAACCUGUGAAAUGUGGGAGAUGGACUGUAUGCUCUCAAAGGUUCUUUCCAGCUCUAUCCAUAAUUUGAUGAUUCUACCCAUUCUCCCAUCUCAACAAGUCUUGCCUGCUCCUGAAACAAACCUGAAAGAUAAAGAAAUUCACAUUAAAAUAUUAGUGACUUCAUUAAUCGAGCCCGGAGUAUUUAAGUUUUAUAUGUGCAUUGCUUGAUGAGAGCAGGAUCAGGAAGCUGCAGUUUCACGAUUUCAGGCAGUGAGGCAUAGAAGGAGGUCCUUAUAAACACUAUGAGAAGAUAGGGAGGACCGAGCAUGUGGCAAGAAUACUGUUUUUUAGCGUCAAGGAACCUAGAUCUGAGCUUAGUCACUAUAACUAGUACUUCUGGCAAGUUGUUUUCCCUCUUAAAAACCUCAAUUUCUGGGGCAGCUAGGUGGCGCAGUGGAUAGAGCACCAGCCCUGGAUUCAGGAGUACCUGAGCUCAAAUCUGGCCUCAGACACUUAACACUUAAUAACUGUGUGACCCUGGGCAAGUCACAACCCCAAUUGCCUCACUAAAACAAAACAAAACCCCUCAAUUUCUUAAUCCACAAAAUAUUGGGGGACAGGCACUACCGUAAUCUCUAAAAUUCCUUUCUGCCCUAAACCCUAAAAUCUAAUGAAGGUUACGGUGGAAUAAUCCGAGCCCAACCUGGGAUAGGCACAAUCUGAUGAAGGAGGAAAGGUUAAGGAAGGUAGAAACAAUACAAAGGGUUAACUCAAAGGAAGAAGAGCCUAAGGACAGAUUUCCCCUCUUAGAUUGGAAAGGGAGGGGAACUAGUACAGUGGACAGAGUCUGGACAACUAGAGUUCCAAAUGGAACUUGCUAAAGGGAUUAGGGUAACCUGGUUUUUUGUUUUUGCUUUAUCUUGGGAUUCCUAUCACUUAGUACAUUGCAUUGCACAUGGUAGACAAUUAAUAAAGACUUGAAUUGGAAUGGACCUGAGCCUGAAAUGGGGAAUCUAGGAGGAGGGCCCCACAGACUGUCUCUCACCCCAUUUGUCCUUAGAGGAGCCAGAGGGUCAGUGCCCUUGUCUCCUCCCCUCCCUCCUUCCUCCCAAGGCAACCUUUAACCCACCACCUCCCAUGCCCAGCACAGCUGCCCGCCCCUUAGCUGACUCCCCACAGUCAGCCGAAUCACGGAGCAGAGAGCGGCCCCACAAUGGAGGGUCUAUGCUUACUAACUGUGCUGCUGCUGUUGCUGUGGCCACCUGAGACCUGGGAGGUGCCUAAACCUCUUCUUCCCACAAAGAUCUCAGGGGAGCCUGCUGUUGUUCACCUUGGUAGUGGUACUGAGCAAGGGCCUGUCACCGUCAUGACUUUUAACCUCACCAAGGUCACUAGAGUCACCUCUUCCUUUGAGCUUCGGACCUGGGACCCAGAAGGAGUGAUUUUUUAUGGGGAUACAAAUCCCAAAGAUGACUGGUUUAUGCUAGGACUUCGGGGUGGCCGCCUUGAGAUACAGCUCCACAACCUUUGGGCCCAGCUCACUGUGGGAGCUGGGCCCCAACUAAAUGAUGGAUGCUGGCACCAGCUGAAAGUCAAGAAUCAAGAGGAUUCUAUAUUUCUAGAGGUAGAUGGAGAUGAGGUGCUGAGGUUGAGCCAAGUCUCUAGGCCCCUGACGGGGACUACUCUCCCCGAAAUGAAGAUUGCUGUGGGGGGCUUGCUCUUCCCCCCCACUCACCUUCAUCUCCCGAUGAUUCCUACCCUGGAUGGUUGUCUCCGACAAUACAUCUGGCUGAAUGAGCCUGGCCACACAGUACCCUCCAGCCACCCGCUUCAGGGGGCUUGCAACCCUGAGGCCCAGUCAGGAACUUUCUUACCCUCAGGUGCCCACACAGUGUUCAGCCUCAAAGACCUCCCCCAACCAGAUGUGGACCCCUGGGCCUUCUCCUUGGAGUUCGGCCUUAAAUUUUUAGAGGGCUCAGGACGCCUCCUUGCUCUGGGUAUCCUGGGCAAUCAAUCUCUGCUCAGCCUUGACCUCCAAGAUCAAGUGAGCAAGAUAAGAUCUCAGCCAGAGGACUGGAUUUUGGUACUUUCUGCCAGGUUACCACAGGACAUGGAGGUGCUCUCUAAGUCUCUGCCUCUGAGCCCAGGGCCUCUGAUUCAACUUGAGCUGGGCCUGACCAGGGUAGCACUGAGCCAGGGGCCACAGGAAGUAGCACUUAUUUUGCCCCCUCCACUCCUAGUCUCCCUUCUAGACCUCUGGACCCAGCCUGAGGGAAGCCUUAUCCUGGGAGUGGCACCAGGAGAAGUCUCUUCUGCCUCUUUCUGUCUGGAUGGGCUUUGGGUACGGGGCAAGGAGCUGGACAUGGAUCGGUCUCUGAGUCAAAGCAAGAACAUUUGGACUCACAGCUGUCCACGGAGUCUGAACAACAGUACUAACACACCGAAUUAAACUUCCUUGAAAAAAAACCCUUAAA